AUGGAUCAGAACGCUUCGACUUCCUUCGAGGCUAGUUUCAACGUCUUUCGUAGGAGGGCUCCACCUACUUCGGACAAUCUUGUUGAUGAGGAGGUUGAUGGGGACGAGGAUGAGAUUCGAUCCUCUUGUUUCUCUCUUUCUCCCUCCCUCUUAGACCGUCGAUUGACAACCAAAUCUGGCCAGCGAGAUCUUUUGAGAUUGGUGCUGAGUUGUAGAAAGAAAAUGACCCAAGUUACAAACCCAAGCAUUGAUUCAAUCGUGCCUAUAGCUUCUUUGUCUGAGCAAAAGUUCGUGGCCCAAUACAAAGAGAAGUUCAACAAUUUCUGGGAUGCAAAGAACGCUUCAAGGGUCAACGAGAAGCUAGCGUUUCAAGUUUCAACUAAAAGGAUUGGCGCCUUUGAGGUUGAAAUCAAUCUACAAGAGGAGCUCUGCAGGCUGAUCCAUUACCAGAGAAUGAUUCCUCGCUUCAACUUGAUGAAGUGAAUCAAUGUUGGGGCCUUAGACAAAAAAGGUAUGAUAAUAUCCAAAAUAUCCAUGCAGUUAUUAUUGAGGUU